AUGCCUCGUGCUGGGUUCUGCAGUUGCUGGGGUGGCCGCACUCUGCCCCUGCUGCUGGCCUACGUCUGCUACCUGCUGCUCGGUGCUGGUGUCUUCCAGCUGCUGGAGAAGCAGGCGGAGUCACAGUCCAGGGAUCAGUUCCAGUUGGAGAAGCUACGCUUCUUGGAAAACUACACCUGCCUGGACCAGCGGGCUCUGGAGCAGUUUGUGCAGGUCAUCAUGGAAGCCUGGGUGAAGGGCGUGAAUCCCAAAGGCAACUCCACCAACCCCAGCAACUGGGACUUUGGCAGCAGUUUCUUCUUUGCAGGCACAGUUGUCACCACCAUCGGUUAUGGGAACCUGGCACCUAGCACAGAAUCGGGCCAGGUCUUUUGUGUCUUCUACGCCCUGGUAGGCAUCCCAUUCAAUGUGAUCUUCCUCAACCACCUGGGCACAGGGCUACGUGCCCACCUGGUCAGCCUUGAGAGGUGGGAGGACCAGCCCCGGCGCUCCCAGCUGCUGCAGAUGCUGGGCCUGACUCUGUUCCUGACCCUGGGGACACUGCUCAUCCUCAUCUUCCCACCCAUGGUCUUCAGUCAUGUGGAGGGCUGGAGCUUUGGCGAGGGCUUCUACUUUGCCUUCAUCACUCUCAGCACCAUUGGCUUUGGGGACUAUGUUGUUGGCACGGACCCCAACAAGCAUUACAUCUCCAUGUACCGGAGCCUAGCUGCCAUCUGGAUCCUCGUGGGCCUGGCCUGGCUGGCUCUGGUCCUCCCUCUAGGCCCUGUGCUUCUGCACAGGUGCUCCCAGCUCUGGCUGCUCAGCAGGGGCUUUGGCCUCAAGGAAGAUGGAAUCCCUGAGACUGGCGGGCUCCCCAGGCCUCAGAAGAUCCCCAUCUCUGCAUGA